UGCCUAUUGGCUCGUAGUCCCGUCGCUCAGGUUCAGUUCCGACUUCCGCUCGGCUCGGCCCUUUCCUGUUCGGCUCGUGUGGUUGAAGCGGCGAUCUCGGACGCCGGGUUUCUCGUUUUCAUCGCAUAGACACCUCUACUGCAAAGAUGGUCAACGUACCUAAAACCCGGAGGACUUUCUGUAAGAAAUGUGGCAAGCAUCAGCCUCACAAAGUGACCCAGUAUAAGAAGGGCAAGGAUUCCCUGUACGCCCAAGGAAAGCGGCGCUAUGAUCGGAAGCAGAGUGGUUACGGUGGGCAGACAAAGCCAAUUUUCCGAAAGAAGGCCAAAACCACAAAGAAGAUUGUGCUCAGGCUUGAGUGUGUCGAGCCCAACUGCAGAUCCAAGAGGAUGCUGGCCAUUAAGAGGUGCAAGCAUUUUGAACUGGGAGGAGACAAGAAGAGAAAGGGCCAAGUGAUCCAGUUCUAAAACUUGUGUUUUCUGAGAGGAAAAUACUGAAGCAGUAGGAAAAUUGCCUGUUAGAAAAUAAAGUUAUUGUUACUGAUAA